CUGGAUUCCCACCUACUGGAUUACUGAGGGGGGUUUUGCGCAGAGAAGACAAGGUUCUCAUGCAUGACAAAAGGGGCGCAAUAUUGUAAGUUCCAUCCUUCUUUCCAAACAACAAUUUGAUGCGCAGUCAUUAUUUUGCUUUUCACUACAAGACUGAGCGCGUGCAUUUCUGCCUUCUCCUUUUCGUGAGUGGGCUACAUAACCGUGACGAUACCUCACCGGAUGAUAGUGGCUAUUAUUGUACUCUGACCUCUAUUGAAAUGACUAUCCAGCACCAAGACUGUUGCGUUCUUCCAGAGACACCCGGCGCGCAGGCUACUCCUUGGAUGAACGUCCGCCGCAAUCCGUAGCCUAUUCCAGUGCCCUUUCCUUCUUAUCUUCUCGGAAAUGCAAUAACAUUUGGGGUGGCUUUUAUAGUGGUAAAACUCAAGAGGAAUACUGCAAGUUGAGGAAACGAACAAUGUGACACUUACAGUGCCCGACAAAGAACGACGAGGCUGUGUAUCUGUCCAUCAGCGUCUCCUCCCACCUAUGACCUGGGUUUUCCUCUCCUGCCCUCCGAACACUCUUCUGAUGUGUUAAAGCACACUUUGCUGAACAGUUUGAUGGAGAGCUGGUCGGAUGACAGCUGGAACUGUUGUCAUAACCGGAGGAAUUCUCGCCACGGUGAUUCUCUUGGUUAUCAUAGCAGUGCUCUGUUACUGUAGACUCCAGUAUUACUGCUGUAAGAAGAAUGGGUCAGAAGGGGACACCGGCUCCAUCACGCAGCCCCAUUUUGCUUGCAAUGCGUGCAGUGCACCCGGGGUGGAUGGGGCAGCUGUCACCCCCCUCUUCCCGGAGCCCCCUGCCUCCCACGCCUCAGGGCCUCCCCGCAACUACUGCCCCACCUGCUCGCCCUACGAAUCACCUUUCUACAUCCGCACCACCGAUGAGAUGCGCAACGGUGGCGAGCGCAUCACCUACAUGCCCACGCACUACGAGAACCCAGCGCUGGCUCUCGACCUGCCCUCCCUGCACGGCUCCCUGCUGAGCACCGGCCAGCAUCGCAGCAACCCAGCACCAGACUUCUAUACCAACACUCGCGCUAUAAGUACAGAGGUGUGACCCACUUCGUAUGUGGUCCUGGUGGCUCAGUUGGUUGGAGCGCGCUGCUUCCAACUCUGGUGUUGUGGGUUUGAUUCUGUACACAGAAUAUUUGUUCAUUUUCGCUUUGGAUAAAAGGAACUGGUAAAUUACCAUAUUUUUAUGAGGAUGGCCACUGGUAGUCACUGUCUCUCUCUGCUGACCACUAAAGAGAAGAUGAUGGAAAAGUAGCAUUGAGAGACAACAUGGAGCGUUGACCACUUGACCUGGUCAAACACUUCCUGGCUCUCUCUCUCUCCCUACACUGUGUCAGCUAGCUUCCAGCUGGAUUCGAGUAGACUCAAACAGUACUGUUUUUUAUUUCAAAUGGAGGUAGCUAUGUUUGUUGUUGUUUAAACCCCCUUAGGCUCCUGUAAUACAGAGGCAGAGAGCAUCCCUUUGUGUUUAAUUGACUAAGGGGACAAGACCAAGACCUAUCCACUGUCUGGCAAGGUAGUGUGGGGGAUUCCAAUCUUCACUGUUUGAGGGCUAUCUGUGUUGUGGUUUCACCUGCACCUACUCUUGUCAUUUCCUUGUAUCUGCCAAUAGAGACAAAUACAACUUGUAUCUUUGUAUUUCUGUAUGUUUUAUUCUGAACUAGAAAUGAAAGCUAACUGCAUUUGAGUGAUGGUAACCAGAAGAAGAUGAACAAUCAAGUCUCCUAAGAGUAACGCAGAAAAUACAAAGAGACAGUAACUACUUCAGAGCUUUCUCUACGCAAGCUCUUUCACAAUCAAACCUGAAACAGUUGGAGAGAAAAGCCUAACAAUGCAGCUGUCAAUUGUAUGUUUUUCUUUUUCAGAAAUGUUUGUCAUAUGUAACUGGGAACUAUCGAAAGAUUAUUGUUUGUUGUCUUCUGUUAUUGAAAGAUGUAUGUAUUAUGGAUACUUUUGAGACCAUGGAAUUUGAUUCCAUAAUAUAACGACUCAAAUAUUACAGUUAAAAGAUCAUUUUAAUGUAAGGACAGUGGCAUUUUGUAAGUGGGUGAUGCAGAAUUUCAGUUAGUGAUGAUUUGUCCGUUUGUCUCUCUCUGUACCCGUGUCAUUGAGUAGGCUACCACUCUUUGCUCAGAGCACUGAAGCUCCAGUACGGUUCAAAUGAACAUAUUGUAUUUCUCUUUAUUGACAGUGAUGCAACAACUUGGAAAUGUAUAUAUUACCAAAUGCAUUGAAAGCAUUUAUAAUUAUCCUUGAUUGACUCGCUGAUGACUUUUGGGAUUCGGCCACAAUGUAUUUUUAAUUGGGACGUGCAAGUCUGGUAUAAUUUAGAUGUAGUUUGUGCCAUUUGGUGUCCACACUUCAGAUCCCCUGAUUGUUGAUUCUAUGAACUGUAAACGUCCAUGUCUUUACACAUUUGAGUGUUUCUUUCAACUUGUGAAAUAAAAUAUUUAUGUAAUUGGUAACAAAAUACAAUUAUUAGCCUAUUUAUAUUAUUAUAUGGCACUCAUUUUAAACUAAUAUUAGACAAUAUUGCUGGCCAUGUAUAUUAUUAUUUUGCCCUCGGUGUCUUUUCAUGUUUUAGAGUGAAAAAAGAUGUGAAAAUUAGAUCGUUUUUUGCUUUGCUGUUUCAACCAAAGGACAUCUAUGAUAGUGGUGAUACUAAUUUUGCUAUAUUUUUCUGAAACCGACCACAUUUACUAGCUCUGCUUUGAGCAGAAAUGCCCUAUGCCCCCAUCAUGCAUGUGACAACAGCAAUACUCAUUAGAUACAACAAUCCCAAUGUAAGCUGCCUUGGUCUUAGGUCCCUACACUGUCCCAAGUCUUUGCACCAGUGCAAGUAUUGUACCUGUAUUUCUGUCAAACAUUGAAUAAAGGAAUAAAUAUUGAAAACAUACUAAAAGCAGAGGAGGUUGGUGGGAGUAGCUAUGGGAGGAUGGGCUCAUUCUAAUGUAUGGAAUGGAAUGAAUGGUUUCCAUAUGUUUGAUUCCGUUCCAUAAAUCCCAUUCCAGCCAUUACAAUGAGCUCAUCCACUUAUAGCUCCUCCCACCAGCCUCAUCUGACUCGGCGGUAGAUUGAGUCGGGAAGCUGUUAAAAAAUGAUUGGCUGUAAAAAAACAGUUGUGUUAGGGUGUUGUUUCUGGUGUUUAUUUGCUCCUUAAAAAGGGGUGAAAGUUGUGUGUCUGUUCAAAAGCGUCUAUAAAUCUGGCCUUUUAAAUCCAAACGAAGACCAUGAAUUAGACAAUACAUUUCAAUUGAGAAUAUCUACAGAAUUACACGCCCCAUAAGGAUACAUUUUCAUUCUUAAUUUCUGUUGGUUUAGGUUAUUCAUUAAAUAAUGGAUUUUUCGAAAAUGCUUAAACAACAGGAUGCUAUAUUUGACAAUUAAAGAUUUAGAACUGC